AUGAAGGUUCUCUUAUCCUUGGAGCUUGCUAUAUCAGCAAUUAUAUUUUUCUCCAUUGCUCUUGCGAGUCCUCACGCUUCAAACAAGAUCCAAAAACGCGCAGCAAUCACAAUUCAUGAUCGUCCCGCAGUUCCGCACAAUGCCACUCUCCAUCAGCGCAAUAGUUUCAAGAGCUACGGAGGAUGUUCCAAAAAGUACGGAGGCUCCACAGGAGAAAACAUCAUCAAAUCCGGUUAUCGGGAUAUGCUUCAAAUGACAGGAUUGGUCAAUCCCUUCCUUACCAACCGUUUCCUUGGAAUACCCUACCAAGCAGCGGCGGGGGUCAUGGAGAAAAGGUUUUUCGGGGAUGUACCCAAAAGCAAUGAAAAGCGAGAUCAAAUUAAGACAAUCUUCCGUAACGCAGCAAACUGGUACCCGUGGUCUUGGGAUUACUUUGACUGGCGGGGCGAUAAGAUAGAAGUGUUUUGCGAACAGGAUCAACCAAAUCCGUAUCAAAAUGUCAGAUGCGGCAAGCAAGUUGACGGUGGUGAAAAGCCUAUAGCUGCAUACGCACUCAGUCUGGGGGGAAAGGCGCAAAUCAUUUUUUGUGCGCCUUUCUUCUCAAAUGUGGCACUGAACGAAAAGCAAUCAGAGAUAGAGAAGAAUCCAGACUUGAAGAAGAAAUUGCCAUGGUUCCGGACUCGAGCUCACGUUGUUUUUCACGAGAUGACUCACUUGCAUAUUAUGGGGUACACCGACGUAAUUGAUAUGAACCAAAAUCCUUAUGAUCAAACUGGACGUCGCGUUUACGGCGCGGAGUUGGUGGAGGCGUUUGCCAAAAGAUUUCCUCAAUACACCCAUAAGAAUGCUGAUACUUACGCAUGGUAUGCAACUGCAAUGUGGUUUCGACAGUUCUGGGGGGAUCCAGACCCAACCCCACGCCGACCAGUGCCCAUUGGAGGAGAGCCAGAUCCCUUGCCACAACCGGAAGAAUUUACAGAUGAUUUCUAUAACGAUGGCAGGACUCCCACUGAUGGCGAGACUAGCAAUCCGAAUCCGACUUUACACAGUUACCAAGAAAUCUCUGACGACGAAGCGAUCGCGUUUUCCGCUGGUGAUUACACUCCUUUCGGAUUUUUAGGGGGGAAGAAGCUCAGAAUUCUUCCACUUGGAGACUCCAUCACUUAUGGUUUCAAAAGCUCUGACGGUAACGGGUACCGGCAAGCUUUGAAAACCAUUCUCGAAGGAACGGGGAAUACGGUUGAAAUGAUAGGUACUGUACAAGCUGGGACGAUGGCCAAUAACAACAACGAGGGUCAUAACGCUGCCACUAUUGACCAAGUUGCUACAUACACGGGCGCUUACGGACAGCGACCAAAUGUGAUCUUACUUCACGUGGGAACUAAUGAUCUCAACCUUCAUCUUGAUCCGUCAUCUGCACCGCAGCGAUUGGAUUCGCUCGUUGAGAAACUAAUUUCUGCUUGUCCCGAUGCAACAAUCAUCGUUGCAAGAAUCAUUCCAUCGACGGAUUCCGGCCUUGCAUCUCUAAUUUCGGAAUACAACAAGGCCAUUACGGAAAGAAUGAGAGACCGAGCUUUGCGGAGAGAACAAAAUGUUAUCAUUGUUGACAUGCCUUCUGGUGUGCGAGUUCAGGAUAUGGCCGAUGGAUUGCACCCAAGCGACGCAGGAUACGACAAGAUGGCCGUUAAGUGGGCAAUUGCUUUGACGGCAGCCAACUCAAUGGGUUGGGUUCAAGAUCCAGUAGCACCGACGGAAGUCUCUGUUCCAUCAGCCCCAUCUUGCGAACGCGAGGUAUGGUGGAUGCCGCAGGGUGAAAUUGCAAGUGGCGGAGGCUUGGGAGCUAACACAUGGCUCAGUUCGUCCUGCACUCUCAAUGCACAAACUCAACUCUGCAAUUGUCAAAAACAGGAAGUGCCUUUGACUCAGGAGCUAUUCCAAUCCACCAAGAAAUGCGACAUCGAAAUGGUGAAAUCUCCUACUGCUACCGCCGUUCAUUUUGCUGAUUUGAACGGCGACGGUAGAGUAGAAUACCUUCAUGUUGACAGUAUAGGAGCUGUGACAGCAUUCCUUAAUCUUGGAUCUCCUAAUCAAGGAGGAGAAGCUGGCAAAGUUACCUGGCUUCCUCAAGGCACGAUUGCCACGGGUGUUGGAGGCACACGUGGAAGCGUACAGUUUGCAGACAUCAACGGCGAUGGUAGAGCGGAAUACCUUUGGGUUCACGAAGAUGGAAGCGUCGACUGCUGGCUCAAUCUCGGAGGCCCUGAUAACGGCCCAAACGCUGGGAAGGUCGGUUGGCUACCACAAGGCACAAUUGCAACCGGUAUUGGCAAAGAUGGAGCGGGAGUACGCUUCGCCGACAUAAACGGAGAUGGCAGAGCGGAAUAUCUUUAUGUAUAUGAGGAUGGGUCUGUGGAAGCUUAUCUGAACGCCGGUGGCCCUGACAAUGGUCCAAAUGCUGCAAAAGUAAUCUGGUUGCCACAGGGAAAGAUCGCAACAGGUGUCGGGAUGGGAAGAGAGAAUGUCAUCUUCGCGGACGUGAAUGGCGAUAAGCGAGCCGAUUAUCUUGCGGUUUCCCGGACAGACGGUAGUGUCAAAUUGUGGCGAAAUGGUGGGCCGUUGGACAAAGGCUCGAAUGACGCAAAAGUAGUCUGGAUAGAACGUGGUACCAUUGCAACUGGAGUUGGAACGAACGGGAAGGGAGUGCAGUUUGCGGACUUGAAUGGGGAUCGAAGGGCAGAGUAUAUGGAUGUUGCCUACGAUACCUCAGCUGUUAAUGCCUGGUUAAAUGGUUGCUAA